UUUGUUUACUAUCAGCUCCAGUUUAUUUAGAUUUUAUUUAUUUUAUUCCAGGCUCCAUCCCUGAACAGCCUCAGAUCAACAUAACUGCCAGAGUGGGUUCCACAGCUCUUCUGCCUUGUAAAUGUAACACAGAGUAUCCAACACCACAUGCUAGGUGGAAGACUGAUAAUGAGACAGUGUUUGAGCGAUUGGGUGGUAUCUUGUAUCCUGGUGAGGGAUAUGAGGGUCGUGUGGACGUUCCUGAGGACGAGAUGAAUAAAGGAAACUGUUCUCUGGUGUUGAAGAAUGUCAAUGUUAAUGAUGAGGACGUCUAUAAAUGCUACCACGUGGAAAGCAUCAGCUAUUCUUUUAAACUACGUGUGAUCCAGAAGGUUCAUCUCUCAGUUGAUGGCUCCUUCCCUGAAGAUCAGAUCAACAUAACUGCCAGAGUGGGUUCCACAGCUCGUCUGCCUUGUAAAUGUAACACAGAGUAUUUAAUACCACAUGCUAAGUGGAAGACUGAUAAUGAGACAGUGUUUGAGCGAUUGGGUGGUAUCUUGUAUCCUGGUGAGGGAUAUGAGGGUCGUGUGGACGUUCCUGAGUACGAGCUGAAUAAAGGAAACUGUUCUCUGGUGUUGAAGAAUGUCAGAGUUACUGAUGAGAAUGUCUAUAAAUGCUACCACGUGGAAAGCAUCAGCUAUUCUUUUAAACUACGUGUGAUCCAGACUGUUCAUCUCUCAGUUGAUGGCUCCUUCUCUGAAGAUCAGAUCAACAUAACUGCCAGAGUGGGUUCCACAGCUCGUCUGCCUUGUAAAUGUAACACAGAGUAUCCAAUAUCCCAUGUUGAGUGGAAGAUUGAUACUGAGACAGUGUUUGAGCGUUGGGGUGGUAUCUCGUAUCAUGGAGAAGGAUAUGAGGGUCGUGUGGACGUUCCUGAGUACAAGCUGAAUAAAGGAGACUGUUCUCUAGUGUUGAAGAAUGUCAAUGUUAAUGAUGAGGACGUCUAUAAAUGCUACCACGUGGAAAGCAUCAGCUAUUCUUUUAAACUACGUGUGAUCCAGACUGUUCAUCUCUCAGUUGAUGGCUCCUUCUCUGAAGAUCAGAUCAACAUAACUGCCAGAGUGAGUUCCACAGCUCUUCUGCCUUGUAAAUGUAACACAGAGUAUCCAAUAUCCCAUGUUGAGUGGGCGAUUGAUUUUGAGACAGUGUUUGAGCGAUUGGGUGAUAUCUCGUAUCAUGGAGAAGGAUAUGAGGGUCGUGUGGAUGUUCCUGAGGACGAGCUCAAUAAAGGAAACUGUUCUCUAGUGUUGAAGGAUGUCAGAAUUAAUGAUGAGAGCAUCUAUAGGUGCUACCACCCAGAGAGAUUUUUUGGAUCGUUGAUCCAAACUGUUCAUCUCUCAGUUGAUGCCAAAGAAACACAGAGGUCAGACUCAGACUCCUUCAGAGGCUCCUUCCCUGAAGAUCAGAUCAACAUAACUGCCAGAGUGGGUUCCACAGCUCGUCUGCCUUGUAAAUGUAACACAGAUUAUCCAAUAUCACAUGCUAAGUGGAAGACUGAUAAUGAGACAGUGUUUGAGCGAUUGGGUGAUAUCUCGUAUCAUGGAGAAGGAUAUGAGGGUCGUGUGGAUGUUCCUGAGGACGAGCUCAAUAAAGGAAACUGUUCUCUAGUGUUGAAGGAUGUCAGAAUUAAUGAUGAGAGCAUCUAUAGGUGCUACCACCUGGAGAGAUUUUUUGGAUCGUUAAUCCAAACUGUUCAUCUCUCAGUUGAUGCCAAAGAAACACAGAGUUCAGACUCAGACUCCUUCAGAGGUGAGUGA